GGUUUUGGGCAUGUGACACUCCCUCCCCCACCCGGUGGUUUAGCAUCUUGACUAGAACGUUCAGCUUCUCAGUUUGCCUGCUGUAGCUGGACCUUGAUCUGUAGCCAUGCCUUCGUUCAAGGAGCGCCUCCAGAACUUUCUCAACGGAGACAACUUCGUAUCUCGAUUAUUGGGGAAAGCUGAGGCGAAAACUGGCAUCAAAAAGUAUUAUCUUGCUACGGGAUCCAUCUGCUCCCUGGGGCUGUACCUUAUAUUUGGCUAUGGGGCUUCUCUUGUCUGCAAUCUGAUUGGCUUUGUGUACCCAGCCUAUAUUUCGAUUAAAGCUAUUGAAAGCCAAGAUAAAAAAGAUGACACGAUAUGGCUGACAUACUGGGUGGUAUAUGGUGUGUUCAGUGUAGUUGAAUUUUUCUCUGACAUAUUAUUCUUCUGGUUUCCAUUUUACUAUCUGGGCAAGUGUUGCUUCUUAGUUUGGUGUAUGGCUCCAUUUUCAUGGAAUGGCUCUCAGAUUCUAUAUGAACGAUUCAUCCGUCCAUUCUUCCUGAAGCACCAUCGAACAGUGGACAGUGUUGUUAGUGACCUUGGAGGACAGGCGCUAAACACGGCUGAAUCAGUCACUAGAGGAGUCCUGCAUACCCUGACCAGCAGCAGAACUCUCCUGGCACGUGAGGGAGGCCAACAAGCUCUCCCCAGCACCUCUCAAUCAAAGGAGCAGUAACCCAGUCUUUGGAGAAUGAAAAGUUGAAAUGAUUGCACUCUGCUCUCUACACCGUGUUCCCAAGUGUAACAAUGAUGUUAUCCACUUUCUAAAUCUGUCAUUAUUCAGUCCAAAGUCUGCAGCGGGAUUUCUGCAAAACUUUAACCCACUCCUACUGUUCUUUUACAUUGUACAUAUGUGCAAGCUGUAGGUUAAGCAUCAAGUUAAUCUUUUCUUAGACAGCACCUAUUUAUUUCCAAGUCUACAGCAGCACUUGUUCUGAUCUUUAUUUAUUACCUCUGUAAAACAAGCAAAGCAGCAACAAAUUUUGAAACACAUAAAUUCAGAACUAGUUUGUGAACUGGUUAAUUUGCCAUGGCAAUAAAAGUAGAAAUGUUCUUACUGUGA